CUGCAAAAUGCACUACACUCAGCUGCUGAGAGUUUUGUGCUCCAUCGUGAUUGUAUCCUAUGUAGCAGUCGGUGUCCUUGGGAACAUCACAUGCAAUGUGUGCCAAUCAAAUAAAGUCAAGUGCCUGAACGAGACGCACUUCAGUUUUUGCGGGAACGGCGUUCUUCCGGACCAAGUGCUAAAGUGUCCCGUCGAUCAGAUUUGCACCGGCCUCCAGAAGAUCUGCUGGCCCAAGGGAUCGAUUUCAGCUUCCUGCACCCCAGAUGCCGAAGUAUCGUGUCCGUCCUGCAGGGAACCAAACAUGUUCGUCUGCACUAGCCGCACCACCUUCCAAAUGUGCGAUGGAGACAAGCUCACCGGCCAAGCGAUAAAGUGCAAGGACAACACCUUCUGCUCCAUUAGUUCCAAAAAAUUUUGUGUUGACCGGUGUGAAAUAACGAAAUCUGAAAUCGAGUGCGACAGAGAGGCACCUUUGGAUGCGUGAAAAUGAAGCACCCAAAAAAUACAGGGAGCAAUAAAAGUUAUUUACUUAUUUGCAGAGAAUAAA